CGAGGGGGCUGGCCAGACUGCAGAGAGCCCUUGCGGCUUUUCCUUCCCGAGUCUCCGGCUCCCCCUGCCCCGGCCCUGCCAUGCCUCUCUCCGGCCCCGGGCUGCUGCCCUGCCCGCCGCCCCCCGCCCCGCGCCCCCUCUGAAAGCCAGCCAGGCUCGGUCCCACCCCAGCCCGGGCGAACGGCCGAGUCCCGGGGAGAGGAUGGUGCAGAAAUCCCGCAACGGAGGCGUGUACCCGGGUGCGACCGGAGAGAAGAAGCUGAAAGUGGGGUUCGUGGGGCUGGAUCCAGGCGCCCCGGAUUCCAACCGGGAUGGGGCGCUGCUGAUCGCCGGCUCGGAGAGCACCAAGCGGGGCAGCAUCUUGAGCAAGCCCCGCUCCGGGAUCUCCGGGACGGGGAAGCCCCCCAAAAGGAAUGCCUUUUACCGCAAGCUGCAGAAUUUCCUCUACAACGUGCUGGAGCGACCCCGCGGCUGGGCGUUCAUUUACCACGCCUACGUUUUUCUCCUAGUUUUCUCCUGCCUGGUACUAUCCGUCUUUUCAACCAUCGAUGAGUAUCAGGACAGCUCUGAAGGGGCCCUCUACAUACUGGAAAUAGUCACCAUCGUGGUGUUUGGUGUGGAAUACUUCGUGAGAAUCUGGGCUGCCGGUUGCUGCUGUCGAUACCGGGGCUGGAGGGGAAGGUUAAAAUUUGCCCGCAAACCCUUCUGCGUCAUUGACAUCAUGGUGCUGAUUGCCUCCAUUGCCGUUCUGGCAGCGGGAUCCCAAGGGAAUGUCUUUGCCACCUCGGCUCUCAGGAGUUUGCGGUUCCUGCAGAUAUUGCGCAUGAUACGAAUGGACCGUAGAGGCGGCACCUGGAAGCUGCUGGGGUCUGUGGUCUAUGCCCACAGCAAGGAGCUGAUUACUGCCUGGUAUAUUGGCUUCCUGUGCCUCAUUCUGGCCUCUUUCCUGGUGUACUUGGCCGAGAAAGGAGAAAAUGAGCACUUUGAUACAUACGCAGAUGCACUCUGGUGGGGCCUGAUUACACUCACCACCAUCGGUUAUGGGGACAAGUAUCCACAGACCUGGAAUGGGCGUCUCCUGGCUGCAACUUUCACCCUCAUCGGGGUCUCCUUUUUUGCCCUCCCUGCUGGCAUUUUAGGUUCUGGCUUUGCCCUGAAGGUUCAAGAACAGCAUCGGCAAAAGCACUUUGAGAAGCGGCGAAACCCUGCAGCGGGCCUGAUUCAGGCUGCUUGGAGGUUCUAUGCCACCAACCUCUCUCGAACGGACCUGCACUCUACCUGGCAGUACUAUGAACGGACAGUCACCGUUCCCAUGUACAGCUCGCAAACGCAAACGUAUGGUGCCUCCAGACUCAUUCCGCCUCUGAACCAGCUGGAACUCCUCAGGAACCUGAAGAGCAAAUCGGGACUGACUUUCAGGAAAGAGCAACAGCCUGAGCCAUCACCCAGUCAGAAGGUCAGCUUGAAAGACCGUGUCUUCUCCAGUCCCCGAGGUUCUGGAACUAAAGGGAAAAGCUCUCCACAGGCUCAGAGCCUCCGGAGAUCCCCCAGCGCUGAUCAGAGCAUUGAAGAUAGCCCGAGCAAAGUGCCCAAAAGUUGGAGCUUUGGAGACCGGAGCCGAGCCCGGCAAGCAUUCCGGAUCAAGGGAGCUGCGUCUCGACAGAACUCUGAAGAAGCAAGCCUCCCUGGAGAAGACAUUCCCGAUGAUAACAAAAGCUGCAACUGCGAGUUUGUGACGGAAGAUUUAACGCCAGGACUUAAAGUCAGCAUCAGGGCAGUGUGCAUCAUGAAAUUCCUUGUUUCCAAACGGAAGUUCAAGGAGAGCCUUCGGCCUUACGAUGUGAUGGAUGUCAUCGAGCAGUAUUCAGCCGGUCACUUGGACAUGCUCUCCCGGAUUAAAAAUCUCCAGUCCAGGAUAGAUAUGAUUGUGGGUCCCCCGCCCCCUUCAACUCCCCGGCAUAAGAAGUAUCCAACCAAAGGACCCAUGCUCUCUUCUAAAGAGUCACCCCAAUACUCGCCUAGAGUGGACCAGAUUGUUGGACGAGGGACAUCAAUGACCGACAAGGAUCGAACCAAAGGGUCAGCAGAGGGGGAGCUUCCAGAAGACCCAAGCAUGAUGGGCAGACUUGGAAAAGUUGAAAAGCAGGUUCUGUCCAUGGAGAAGAAGCUGGACUUUCUGGUGAACAUUUACAUGCAGCGGAUGGGUAUCGCACCAACGGAAGCAGAAGCCUAUUUUGGGUCCAAAGAACCAGACCCGGCGCCACCCUACCACAGUCCAGAAGACAGCCGGGAGCACAUGGACAAAAAUGGCUGCAUCAUCAAGAUCAUCAGGUCCACCAGUUCAAUGGGACAAAAGAAUUUCUCUGCACCACCAGCCCCAACAAUGCCAACCAACACGUGUCCCCCUUCAACGUCCUGGCAGCACCAGCCAUACCAGCGGCAUAGCCAUGGAUCCUCCCCAGUUGGAGAUCCUGGCUCUUUGGUAAGAAUCCCACCCCCACCUUCACAUGAGCGCUCCUUGUCCGCUUACAGUAGCGGGAAUAGGGCCAGUGCCGAGUACCUGAGGAACGAAGAUAUUACAGCUAAACACCAUGACAGCGCCUUGAGAGACAGUGACACGUCCAUUUCCAUCCCGUCGGUGGAUCAUGAGGAACUGGAACGCUCCUUUAGUGGAUUUAGCAUUUCCCAGUCCAAAGAAAAUUUGGACGUCCUUAACAACGGUUGCUAUGCAGCAGUGGCCCCCUGUGCCAAAAUCAGACCCUACAUUGCAGAAGGAGAGUCAGACACUGAUUCUGACCUCUGCACACCUUGUGGCCCGCCUCCCAGAUCAGCCACAGGUGAAGGACCUUUCAGUGACAUGGGCUGGUCAGCCCCUAGACAGUGAAGCAUUUUGACAUCUAUUGAGCCAAGUCAGCGCACUGGCCAGCCGCCCACUCAUGCCGUCCCCACAUCGAACUUCUGGAGGAGAUCUACAGCUAAGGUUUUAUGACUCCAGAACAUACUUAGCUUGUGGAUAUUUUCUUACAGCUUACUCUGGGGACAGACGCUGAGCCAGCAUUCAGUAGAAAGAGGCCACUGUGGUGAAUAAUUCGGAGCCUUGAAGUGUCUGGAUUUCUUUCAUACUAUCUUUCUAAGAUAAUUAGGUGAAACGAUGUCACAGUACAGGGUAGGCAACCACAUUUCUUGGUAAUCCUUUAGGGUACAGGGCACAAAUAUCACCCGCAAGGUUUUUUGGGGGGCAGUGGGGGGAUUAAGUGAUGACUGAACGUAUCUUUUACAUGGUAAUUACCUUACCAUGACACUGGGUGAUUACACAGUCAAAUACUUUGGAGUUGCACCGCAAAUACAUGAUUAUUUUUGUCUUGUAAAACAUUCCAGGUUACAUGAUGAUUACUUUUGAAUUUAUGGAACGGGAUCCUCCAUUAACCGUUCAGGAAUGUAGUGUAAUUACUGUAUAAUACAUGGAAGCCCAGUUGGCUCUUGACAAAUUGGGGUGUUUACAUUCACGUUACGGUAUUGCCCUAAGACAGACGUGUGCUGUCAAGAUGAGUCGAGGUAGAAUGUUAGCAGGCACCAUUUGGAACCAGAAUGAUUUUCAAAUUAAAUUUGUCAUGGGGCUUAGGUGGAGGAGGAAGGUCAAAGACACAAAAUGUGUCUUUGAAGGCAAAGAGGAACACCACAUAGGACUGGGGAUAAGGCAUUUUACAUUUAAACCAUGUAUUAUAUUUAAUAAUGUAUCUGCCAAAAUGUACAGAACGGGAAGCCAUAAUUCCACCUACGGGGGUGUAGUAACUUGAAGUUGCUCUCGUAAUUUUUGAUAUUGCCAGCAGCACUGUGGUGAACGUACAGCCACAAGAGACAGAGCUAUGGGGAGAGGGACGUUACUCGAGAUCACGGCAAGGAACGAGAGCACCAGCAGCGGCUGGGCCCUGUAACUCAAAAUAUUGCCCAUUUUGUACAGCAUUCGCAUUAUGCCUGGAUGCUUUUGCAGGCACCAGACUCCCAGCAAAGUUCCUUCCUCCUUUCCUCCACUACCCCAUCCCGGAUCACAAAGCUAUGACUUCUCCAUUGCUUUGUUUAGAUCCUUCAUGCUGAGACCCAAGGUGCUUCCUUGUUUCCUCCUGUUUUUUUUUAAUACACCUGUGAUCUGUAUUUAUCCACAAA